AUGGUCGAUGAUGGAAGUGGCGCGUGCAUCAUCCAUCCUCGAGUUCUCACCCAAAUGAAGCUCGAGGACAGGAUAGUGCCACGUUGCAUCACACUAACGGGUUUUAACAAUAUAGUUGGGCGGACUUCUGGAGAAAUCACGCUGUACGUCUUGGCCGGUGGCGUCACCUUAGAGACCACGUUCCACAUCAUGGACCAGGAUACGGCAUACAACGCCAUCAUAGGCCGACCAUGGUUGCACGCCAUGAAAGCCGUCCACUCCAGCUUGUACCAAGUCAUUAAAUUUCCCACCACCUGGGGAGUAUUCUGCAUCCGGGGAGAGCAACGCAUGGCACGAGAAAGCUAUCGUAUCGCCCAAGACUGCACAUACACCAAACAGUUGAAAGGAAAAGCCGAGGAAGCAUAG